CGGGGGCGGGGCCUCCACGGUCUCGGCAGCGCCUCCGCCGCCGCCUCCUCCUGCUCCUCCUCCUCCUCCUCCUCCUCCUCACCAGCGAUAAACCCGGGACUGGACCGAGCGGAGUUGUGCGUGUUACCGAAGGGGGGUGGGCCGGGGGAGGGGAGGUUCGCUCCGCGGAGCCGUAGCCAGAACCGGGACCAGGAAUCGACUCAGCCGUGUUUGGUGCAUCUUUGGCAGAAAGUGAGGAGGAAAACAUCCCCAUUGUUCUUUGGCAUGGACACAGGUUCAGUGGGAAGAUUAGAAUUGACUGAACAGACUCCUGUUUUAUUAGGGGCUACCGCCAUGGCAACUAGUCUCACGAAUGUAGGAAAUACGUUUAGUGGUCCACCUAAUCCAUUAGUCUCUAGAUCGAAUAAAUUUCAGAACUCAUCAGUGGAAGAUGAUGAUGAUGUUGUUUUUAUUGAACCUGUUCAACCUCCCCCACCUUCUGCACCUGUGGUGGCUGAUCAAAGAACUAUAACAUUUACAUCAUCAAAAAAUGAAGAACUGCAAGGAAAUGAUUCUAAAACUCUUUCUUCCUCAAAAGAAUUGGCUUCUCAGAAGGGAAGUGUAAGUGAAACAAUUAUCAUUGAUGAUGAAGAGGACAUGGAAAUAAAUCAAGGACAAGAGAAAAAUUCCUCCAAUUUUAUUGAACGAAGACCUCUUGAAACUAAAAACAGAACCAAUGAUGUGGAUUUCUCCACUUCCAGUUUUUCAAGAAGUAAGGUAAAUGCAGGAAUGGGUAAUAGUGGUAUUACCACAGAACCAGACUCUGAAAUUCAGAUUGCUAAUGUUACAACCUUAGAAACAGGUGUAAGCUCUGUGAAUGAUGGCCAAUUAGAAAAUACUGACGGGCGUGAUAUGAACUUAAUGAUUACACAUGUAACAUCACUGCAGAAUACCAACUUGGGAGAUGUCUCUAACGGACUGCAGUCAAGUAAUUUCGGUGUUAAUAUACAAACAUACACCCCAUCUUUAACUUCACAGACCAAGACUGGAGUAGGACCUUUUAAUCCUGGUAGAAUGAAUGUGGCAGGAGAUGUAUUUCAGAACGGAGAAUCUGCAACUCAUCAUAAUCCUGAUUCUUGGAUCUCCCAGUCAGCUUCAUUUCCCCGUAAUCAGAAACAACCUGGAGUGGAUUCUUUAUCACCAGUGGCCUCACUUCCUAAGCAGAUUUUCCAGCCUUCUGCCCAACAGCAACCCACUAAACCAGUUAAAGUCACUUGUGCAAACUGCAAAAAACCUUUGCAGAAGGGACAAACAGCUUAUCAACGAAAAGGAUCUGCUCACCUGUUUUGUUCUACCACCUGCCUUUCUUCCUUCUCUCACAAGCCUGCUCCAAAGAAACUCUGUGUUAUGUGUAAAAAAGAUAUAACUACAAUGAAAGGAACCAUUGUUGCUCAGGUGGAUUCAAGUGAGUCCUUCCAGGAAUUUUGUAGUACAUCUUGUUUGUCACUCUAUGAAGACAAACAGAAUCCUACUAAAGGAGUUCUAAAUAAAUCAAGAUGUACAAUCUGUGGUAAACUAACAGAGAUUCGCCAUGAAGUUAGCUUUAAAAAUAUGACUCACAAGCUGUGCAGUGACCACUGCUUUAAUAGAUAUAGAAUGGCAAAUGGUUUAAUAAUGAAUUGCUGUGAACAGUGUGGAGAGUACUUACCAAGCAAAGGUGCUGGAAAUAAUGUUCUUGUGAUUGAUGGUCAGCAGAAAAGAUUUUGCUGUCAAAGUUGUGUCAGUGAAUAUAAACAGGUAGGUAGCCAUCCAAGCUUCCUGAAAGAGGUUCGAGAUCACAUGCAGGACUCUUUCUUAAUGCAGCCUGAGAAAUGUGGAAAACUGACUACUUGUACUGGCUGCCGAACACAGUGCAGGUUUUUUGAUAUGACUCAGUGCAUAGGUCCUAACGGAUAUAUGGAGCCAUAUUGUUCAACUGCUUGCAUGAACAGUCACAAGACAAAAUAUGCAAAAUCACAAAGUUUGGGAAUUAUUUGCCAUUUUUGUAAGCGAAACUCUUUACCUCAAUACCAAGCCACAAUGCCUGAUGGAAAACUGUAUAACUUUUGCAAUUCCAGUUGUGUGGCUAAAUUUCAGGCUCUAAGUAUGCAGUCAUCUCCAAAUGGCCAGUUUGUGGCUCCCAGUGAUAUUCAGUUGAAAUGCAAUUACUGCAAAAAUUCCUUUUCUUCAAAGCCAGAAAUCCUGGAAUGGGAGAACAAAGUGCAUCAGUUCUGCAGCAAAACUUGUUCAGAUGACUAUAAGAAGCUGCACUGCAUAGUUACAUAUUGUGAAUACUGUCAAGAGGAGAAGACUCUUCAUGAAACAGUAAAUUUCUCUGGCGUUAAAAGACCUUUCUGUAGUGAAGGCUGCAAACUAUUGUAUAAGCAGGAUUUUGCAAGACGUUUAGGAUUGAGAUGUGUCACUUGCAACUAUUGCUCUCAGCUGUGUAAGAAGGGAGCAACAAAAGAACUUGAUGGUGUUGUGAGAGAUUUCUGCAGUGAAGAAUGCUGUAAAAAAUUUCAGGAUUGGUACUACAAGGCUGCAAGGUGUGACUGUUGUAAAUCUCAAGGAACUCUUAAAGAGCGAGUUCAGUGGCGUGGAGAAAUGAAACAUUUCUGUGAUCAACAUUGCUUACUUCGUUUCUACUGUCAGCAAAAUGAGCCCAACAUGACAACUCAGAAAGGGCCUGAAAACUUACACUAUGAUCAGGGUUGUCAGACAUCCCGAACCAAAAUAACAGGUUCAGCACCACCCCCUUCUCCAACACCCAACAAAGAGAUGAAGAACAAAGCAGUUCUUUGCAAACCUUUAACAAUGACAAAAGCCACUUAUUGUAAACCUCACAUGCAGACCAAAUCUUGUCAGACAGAUGAUAAUUGGAAAACAGAAUAUGUUCCAGUGCCUAUUCCUGUGCCUGUGUAUAUCCCAGUACCUAUGCACAUGUACAGUCAGAAUAUUCCUGUUCCUACUACAGUUCCUGUUCCUGUGCCAGUUCCUGUUUUUCUGCCUGCCCCAUUGGAGAACAGUGAGAAGAUCCCUGUAGCAAUUGAGGAGAUAAAAAGCAAAGUUUCCUCAGAUCCUCUUGAUGCAGAGUUGCUUACAAUGACAGAUAUGAUGAAUGAAGAUGAGGGAAAACCAGAAGCUGCCAGCAUCAACAGUGUAAUUAUUGAAACAGAUAUCAUUGGUUCAGAUAUCUUGAAGAACUCUGACCCAGAGACACAAUCUACCAUGCCUGAUGUACCAUAUGAACCAGAUUUGGAUAUCGAAAUAGAUUUUCCCAGAGCGGCUGAGGAGCUUGAUAUGGAAAAUGAAUUUUUAUUACCACCUGUUUUUGGAGAAGAAUAUGAGGAACAGCCCAGACCUCGAUCUAAAAAAAAGGGAACAAAGAGAAAAGCUGUAUCAGAAUACCAGUCUCAUGAUGAUAGUUCUGACAAUUCAGAAUGCAGCUUUCCUUUCAAAUAUACAUAUGGUGUAAAUGCAUGGAAACACUGGGUCAAAACUAGGCAACUUGAUGAAGAUCUCCUGGUAUUAGAUGAACUAAAAUCUCCUAAAUCAGUAAAGUUAAAAGAGGAUCUUCUCUCUCACACCACGGCUGAGCUUAACUAUGGGUUGGCCCAUUUUGUCAAUGAGAUCCGACGGCCAAAUGGAGAGAACUAUGCACCUGACAGCAUCUAUUAUCUUUGCCUUGGAAUACAGGAGUACUUGUGUGGUAGUAAUCGAAAAGACAAUAUAUUUAUUGAUCCAGGAUACCAGACAUUUGAGCAAGAGUUGAAUAAAAUACUUCGAAGUUGGCAACCAAGCAUACUUCCAGAUGGGUCAAUAUUCUCUCGAGUGGAAGAAGAUUAUCUCUGGAGGAUAAAACAACUAGGAUCACACUCUCCAGUAGCUCUUCUGAACACCCUGUUCUACUUUAACACUAAGUAUUUUGGCCUGAAAACAGUGGAACAACACUUAAGACUUUCCUUUGGCACUGUGUUCAGGCAUUGGAAAAAAAAUCCUUUAACAAUGGAAAACAAAGCAUGUCUUCGAUACCAAGUAUCUUCCUUAUGUGGAACAGAUAAUGAAGAUAAAAUUACAACUGGAAAAAGAAAACAUGAAGAUGAUGAGCCAGUAUUUGAACAAAUUGAAAACACAGCCAAUCCUUCUAGAUGUCCUGUGAAAAUGUUUGAAUGCUACUUGUCUAAAAGUCCACAGAAUCUUAACCAGAGAAUGGAUGUUUUUUACUUGCAACCAGAAUGCUCUAGUUCUACAGAUAGCCCUGUCUGGUACACAUCUACUUCACUGGACCGAAACACCUUGGAAAAUAUGCUUGUACGGGUUCUUUUAGUAAAAGAUAUUUAUGAUAAAGACAAUUAUGAACUGGAUGAAGACACAGACUAAAAUGGAAUGUUUCGGACACAACCGGGAUAAAACAGCAUUAGAUAGUCAUGCUGCUAGAUCUUUAUUACAGAAAACAUUUCAAGUUUACUCCUUCUGUUUUAAGUUUUGUAGCAGUGUACCCAAACUGGGUAUUACCAUGUAAAUAAUCUGUGAGUGAAAGUUGCCAUUAUUCUAUGUAGUGGUUUUAGAAUACUUAACAAAUACAUUCAAAGGUUGUUUUUUAUUAUUAUUAUUAUUAUUAUUUAUUUGAUUAGGUAUGUUUGUGACUUUUUACAUUACAAAAUAUGAAUGAGAAUGUGCCAUGUGUAAUUUUUUUCUUGUAGUAGGAAACAUCCAUAUUGCACAACCCUGCUGUCGCAAAGCUUUCUUGAAAGGGGACUCUUUUACUGGGUUCUUAACCAGAUGGUUGUGUAUGGGUAGCACUACUAAAAGUUUAGAACUUGCAGUGUCUUUCAGAAUUUUAAAAAUAAACUGUAAACUAAUAGGUUGGGUUUUUUUGUUAUUUUUGUUUUAUGUUUUAGUUACUGAAGCCUUACAAGGUUAUGUAGAGAAUACCAUCUUCUGUACCAAAAAUAGACAAGAGAAUGCUGUCAAUAUUGGUGUACUGUAAUGUGAAUCUAUACUGGUGAAAACGACUUUUUGUUCUCCAUAUUAAAACCUCAGUGUCUUUUUUUUCAUUUGUGGCUUUCUGCAUCACCCCUAUAAAUAAAACAUAUAUGUAUAUAUGUAUAUAUAUAUAUGUGUGUGUGUGUAUAUAUAUAUAUAUGUAUAUAUAUAAAGAAUGACCAUAAGUUGAAAACAUGAUCAUCAAGACAUUUUCUUUGUAAAAAUGUCUGAUGAAAGUAUAAAAUCCUUUUGUUUCCUCUCCAUAUCAACCUUAAGUAUCUGAAAUCUCCUUCAUUUAUAGAGGUUUCGUUUUUCUUUUUUUUCUUUUUUUGCCCUUAGCGGUAUAUGGAUCAUGCUGCAAUAUUACCUGAGUAGAGUACUCUAAAACUUUACCAGUUUUAUUAGAAUUCUCAUGCCUGUCCUCAAAUAUGACUGAUUUCAUACAUUGAAUAAAAUUAUUUUUAGAAAUGCCACUUCUGAAAUAGUUAUUAUAGAAACUCAAGCUACUUUAAGUAAGAUAAUAUCACGUUUUACUAUGAAGAUUGUCAGUGUAAUAAUUCUGAUAUUUCACAUGACUGAAGAACAAAGAAACUGAUGGUUAAAGUAUAUCUCAAAGGAAAUCAUAUUUGAUAUUAAAUUGUUUGGCUUUUAAAAUUUGAUUAUUUCUUAUAGAAGAUUGCAUUAAAAAAAGCUUUGUGCUUCUGCAUAGCAUUUUAUCCAUUCAGAUCUUUUAGAAUAAGGACAUUUAUUUAAAAUCCUACUUUCUAAAGACUGAGCAAAAUACUAGGCACAUAUUAUCAUAAAUCUUAUGGCUAACUUCCUAUAGCGUGUGUAUAAUCAUGUCAUUUUCUUGUUUCUAGUUCCUGAAUCACCAUGGUGACAUUAGUUUUUAAAAAUUGUUGCAUGAAAAUCAGUCUAUUUUCCACAGUGGGUAGGCAAUUUCUACAUAUCCUUUACAUAUUGCCUUCUCCCUUAGGAUGAAUGUUAGCCACAAAAGAAAUUUUCUCAUUCAUGAUUUGGAAAAUUUCACAGGAGUAAUCAUUGUGUAUUUAAGCAAUACGUAUCUGAAAUGUUUUUGGCAUAGAAAAUUAUACUCUUCUAACUUGUUUUGUAACAGGUUGAAAUAACUUUUCUGCCCCUUAAUAGAUUUUAUAAUUAUUGAUUAAUAGACUGACAGCAAAUCUGCUAUUACUCUACUAAAGUAAAUUGCUUAUUGUCUCUUUAAGAAAAGUGGGUAACAUAUUUAAAAUACAUAGUACAAAAAUUUUCUCAAACUUCUCUUUUUCCAGUAUUACUUCUUUAAAUACUUUUCUUAUAAAUGCAUAUUGUUGAUUAAAAAGUGGUUAACCCUAACCGUUUUUUAAUCUUUACAAUGGUGCUAUAUUCCAUGCAAGAGCAAUAAAGUUUUUUUCCAAAUAUCACUUAUUGUAUAUUUUACCAAGUACCAUAAAUUUCUGGCAUGGUGCUGUCAUUUAAGCACUUGCUAUUUACAUUUAUUUGUAAAUUUUAGCACUUCUAAAAGAAAUGUCUGUGUAAUUUUGAUCUUGACAUGAUUGAGGAUUUAGACAUCUUGAUUGCAGUCCAAGGGUUGAUUAACUUGAUUCUCAGGGAGAAAGAGAAAAAUCUGUUUUAUGAGAAUUGUGUUGCUCUGUGAAACAUUUCAUCCAGAGCACGUUUCAUUGACUUCUGGAUAUCUUUAGUUUGUGUGGUUAUUGCUGACAACUGAGAAAAAGGACAGUAAAAUAAUAGGUUCUUUUUGUUUCUUGGUGAUUUGUGAUUAUAGCAUCCUGUAAAUAUGACUUUAUUGCAUUGAGAUACCUAUUGGAGAUGCUAUAUUUUUCUGUUCUGAAGAGUUUGCCAUUUAAAAUGAGCUAAUGAAAAAAAAUUAUCCAUAUUGAGAAAAAUGGAUUUCCCAGGCAAAUUAAAUCUUCAUUAACACAUUUCUUUAGGCUUUUAAGGUAAGAAAGCUCUCAACUUUUUUUUUUUUUU